GCUCGGCCCCAGGCCAGCGGUAGCAUCAGCAGCGCGCUAACACCACAGAGGAGGUCUGAGGAGGAGGACAGGGAGCCGGACACUGGGCUGGACGAGGGGAGCAUGGAGGCGCCGGAGGCCUUUCAGAGGUCCAACCAGACCAGCUCUGAGGAGGAGGCCGGCAGUAGCCUGUUCCACCGUGUCCUCGAGCAGCGGCUGCUACGCAACCCAGACGAGGAGAUGAAGUUCCUGUUACAGAGGUUGGUGGUCAUCGCUCAUCUCCCCCACUGUCCCGCUGACAGGAGGGCUGUGGGAGUCUACUAUGAGAAGCUGAACCAGACGUUGCAGCGCUCCUACCCUGGAGAGAACAUCACAGGACUGCUACUGCUCUACCCCACCUGUGGUCUACAUGUCCUUGAGUGCUCCAGUGAAGUUCUGACCGCAGUGCUCCAGGACCUGAGCAAAAUGGAAGCAGCACCUCAGUCCGGCCUGCUGGAGAGGCCUCGGGUGCUGCUGGUGACCCAUGACGCGGCCAGCCGUCUCUUUCAGCACUGGGGCUGGAGGGAGCUGGACCUGCCCGUUACCGCGGCCGCCACGCUGGGGGAGGACCAGGCGCCGGAGCCCACCGAGGCGCUGGUCAGUCAGGUCCUCACGCAGCUGCUGAGGCUGGGGAACCAUCUGCUCACGGCCACAAAGGUGCACACCUCCAAGGCGAGCCCGGAGGGUGUGAUGGAGGAGCUACCUGAGAAGCUGCUGGUGCCACAGAACGUGCUGUCUCAGCUGCUCCAGAGGACAGAGCUGCUCACUCCGCAGCAGUACCUGCAGGCCUACCACACACCUCUACACCUGCUGAUAGACUCAGGUCAUGUAUUUGGAAGUCACCAACCAACAACAGUCUAAAAUAGGCUACACACAUAGAAAUCAGGUCUUUUAGGUAGCAGCUCUUGAUGUUUGAUCCAUGACCCCACCAACAGCCGAGGUAACGGGGGCUCUAGUUCAACAGUGAGGACACAGAAACGGUUCUAAUGAGCUUAAUUCACAUUAUGAGACACAAGAUACCCCACAUAUGAAUAGUAAAUAAUGCAAUAUAUGUUUUGUACUGAUUCUGAUUCAUUCAAACUCUUUACCCUCCUAUUGUCUUUGUUUCGGCUUUAUUCGUUUUGUGUUCGCUGUCAAAAAUGACUGCGGCAUUAUAGUUUAUUAUACAUUCAUAAUCAUAUAAUAUCAUCUAAUGUUGUGAUAGACCUUUGCAUCUACUUAAAUUCAAGUUUUAAAUUCCAUUUGCUAAGUCAGAGGGGGAAAUAUUAUAUUGGGGAAAGGUUAAGGUUUCCUGUGGGGGCUGGCGUAGAAUGUACACAAGCAUACAUACAGUCUAUCUGAUCCUGUUUGCUUUUGUUUAUGUAAAGCACAUUGAAUGACCUCUGUGUAUGCAAUGGACUAUAUAAAUAAAGUUGACUUGACUUGA